UAAUAACUGAAAUAAUAGAAUAAAAGCAUGAAAUUACUCGUAACAAUUUUGUUAGCCACAUUACUAGUCUCAUCAUCCGCUAAUGGAGUCACUGAGGCUGAAGACUUCCUCAGAGGGCUUCUUAAUGGCUCAUUUAGAGAUGUUGGACAUGAAGUUGUUGAAUGUAUUCAGGAUGGAGAGGAAAUAUUCAAAGACCUUAUUGUUAUUGCUGAAGAUUUCGAGAAAGCAGCAGCCCAUUGGAAUAAAGAUGCCCUCGUUGAUGCUUUCAAGCAUAUCUCUCAUAUCUUGACUUUAAUGCCUGAAGAACUAAAAGAUUGUAAAGGUGUUGCUGAGCUUGCUAAAGAUCUCUCUAAACUUGCAGCUGAGUUUGCUAACCCAAUUACUUUGGUCAUUGACAUUGGAGAGAAGAUGGUCUGGCAUGGAAGAAGCAUUUAUAAGGAUGUAAAGAAAGCAUCUGAAGAUUUUAAAGUACCAGAUUAUGAAGCUGCUGGAUAUGAUAUUGGAGAUAUUAUCAGAAUUAUCUUCCUUAAUGGUAUGAUUAAGAGCCCCUUUAGUGACGGCAGCCUCUUUAUUACUGAGUUUUAUUCGGCUGCCUUUUCAAUCGAUAUGGACCUCAACACUUGUGAAGCUAAAGUUGAAAAGAGUGUACUUGAAAUCUACUCAGGAAUUGAAAUACUAGUCAACUACACUACUUUAGAUGACGUCUCAAGAGGUAUUGUCAAAAUCGUUUAUGGAGUCAUGAACUUCAUCCAGGACUCUCAAAAGUGUGAGGAAGUAUGGCCUAGCAUUCAAGAAGGACUCGAAGAAAUGAUGCCAUUCAUCAACAACUUCCAGUACCUCAUCUACGCUGUUCCCACUGCUUUCAUCUUUAACCCAAUUACCUUCUACCAGGACGUAUCAAACAUAAUGGCUGCUUUCGACCAUUACCCGCAAGAUUUCAAACUCGCCGGCUAUUCCAGUGGAGAUCUGGUGAAAUUAAUCCUCAAACAUAUGUAA